CUCUGGUAACAAAAUCACAGCGUUGGCUUUGCAGCUAGUUGUUAGUCUGUCGACGUUGCAGAAUGAAAGGUCGUAUCAUGCACUGCUGUAUAAACUAUCAAUGGAUUAGCAAAAGGGCUUAUUCAAAAUUACCAAGGCAGCUAAAAUUGAAAUAUGAUGCUGUUAUCGUAGGAGGAGGACACAACGGCUUGGUGGCGGCAGCCUAUCUGCAGAGAUCUGGGGUGAAGACUGUGGUCCUUGAAAGACGACAUUUGAUCGGCGGAGCUGCGGUUACCGAAGAGAUUAUUCCAGGCUUUAAGUUCUCUAGAGCAUCUUACUUGCUCAGUUUGUUGAGGCCUCAGAUUUACAAUGACCUUGAUCUUAAGAAACAUGGCUUGAAGGUGUAUUAUCGAAACCCUCAUUCAUUCACCCCGAUACUGGAAGAUAAUGGACAGCGACCGCGCUCCCUUGUUCUGGGAUUAGAUAUGGCCGAAAACCAGAGGCAAAUAGCUCAAUUUUCUGAGAAAGAUGCAAAGGCAUACCCAGAAUAUGAAGAAUUUAUGAACCGCCUAGUUGAUGCUAUAGACCCACUUUUGGAUGCUGCCCCUGUGGACACAACAUCCAUAGCACAAGGGACACUUUUUCAAAGACUGAAGUCAUUACAAUCUCUCCGACCCAUAGUUAAAGCAGGAAUUACACUGGGGAGUCAAAUUCCUAAAUAUUAUGAGGUCCUUACAGCUCCAAUAUCCAAGGUUCUGGAUCAGUGGUUUGAGUCCGAACCGUUGAAAUGCACCCUGGCUACAGAUGCUGUCAUUGGCGCAAUGGCCAGUCCGGCUACACCUGGAAGUGGUUAUGUCUUGCUGCAUCACGUCAUGGGAGAACUGGAAGGGAGGAAAGGCUCAUGGGGCUAUGUAGAAGGAGGAAUGGGAAUGGUUUCGAAUGCCAUUGCUAAAUCGGCAGUGGCGGCAGGUGCUGAAAUUUACACAGAUAUGUUGGUUGAGCAGAUCCUGGUGGACAGUAGUGGGAAGGCUACAGGCGUAGUCCUAGAGGAUGGAACAGAAGUGCUGAGCAAGAUGGUUUUGUCUAACGCAACUCCACAUCAUACGUACUUAAAAUUAACUCCGAGGGAAAAAUUGCCAGAGGAUUUUCUUACAAGGAUUUCACAGUUUGAUGCCAAAUCUCCAGUUACUAAAAUAAAUGUGGCUGUGGAUCGGCUACCAAACUUCCUGUCUAUACCAAACGCAUCUGAUGGCAAACCCCUACCACAUCACCAGUGCUCCAUCCAUCUAAACAGCGAGAGAAUGCAACUCCUUAAUGAGGCUUUUGAAGAUGCGUGUAGGGGAGUACCUUCUUCCAGGCCUAUGAUUGAACUCUGCAUUCCUUCAGCGUUGGACCCCACAAUAGCGCCGCCUGGUUGCCAUGUCAUUUCACUCUUCACUCAAUACACUCCUUACAAUCUCUGUGACGGACGGCAGUGGAAUGAGAAGGAGAAAAAUCUAUAUGCUGACACAGUGUUUGACUGGAUAGAAAAAUAUGCCCCUGGUUUUAAGUCUUCCGUGAUAGGCAGAGAUAUCCUCACUCCACCGGAUCUAGAAAGAAUAUUCGGGCUCUCUGGGGGCAAUAUUUUUCAUGGAAGUAUGUCAUUGGAUCAGUUGUACUUUGGAAGACCCAUACCACACUUUUCUAAUUAUAGUUCACCAAUCAGAGGCCUUUAUUUGUGCGGCAGUGGAGCACAUCCAGGAGGCGGUGUGAUGGGAGCAGCGGGGCGCAACGCUGCUUUGGUUGCAGUGCAAAACCUUAAGCGUUCUGUUUGCUAAGCCUGGAUUAGUGUUUCAGCCAGCAGGAUCUGAUAAUUGAUGUUGU